ACAAUUAACAACUUGUGUCAUGAGAUUGAGCACCCGCGGGACCCAUCCAUCCCCAGCCGCUGCUCUGCUCUGCAUGAAAACAAGCAUGCGAUUCCUCCCCUCCGCUUCGUCUUUGUCUUCUCUCCUCUGCUCCGUGAUCAUUCAUUCUGACAGGCUCCCAUGUCGUCCAUGGCAUCGCCAUGUCUCUCUCCCUGGCAGUCAGCCCCGACGUUGAGCAACGCAUACGCAUAGAUAGAGAACUGGAGAAAAAGGAGGCCACCUACCUUCCAUGGCGCGCCUCGCUCUCCUCGCAGUCCUCUUCGCCGCGGCUGCAUGCGCCGCGGCAGCGCAGCCGGCCACUGCCGAGGCUGCUCCGGAGAACCCACCUGGAGUCGGCAUCAAGGUGUCGUUCAGGCCAAGCGUGGUCAUCGUGGUGGGCAUCUUCACCAUGAUCUUCUCCCUCACCUUCAUCCUCCUCAUGUACGCCAAGUUCUGCCACCCCUCCUCCUCCUCACCCCUGCCCAAUGCUCCCCCCGUCGCCAACGUGCCCAGAAGAGGCAAUGAAGCAACGCAGCAGGCCGGCGUCCCCAAGCCGGUGAUCGAGUCGCUCCCCUUCUUCCGCUUCGCUACGCUGCGCGGGGCGCGGCAGGGGAUGGAGUGCUCGGUGUGCCUGGCCCGCUUCGACGACGCCGACCUGCUCCGCCUCCUCCCGCGCUGCCGCCACGCCUUCCACCUCGACUGCGUCGACCGCUGGCUCGAGUCCAACGCCAGCUGCCCGCUCUGCCGCACGCGCGUCGACGCCGAAGCCGCCGCGCUCGGCCUCAAGUACCCCUCCAGCGCCCGCAUCGUCUUCGGCGGCGACGGUUUAUCUAAUUCGGACCGCUUCUCUGGCUACACCGCGGGGAGCGGCCGCGACCUCCUCGACAUCUUCGUGGAGCGCGUGCCGUCCUCGCGGUUUCUUGGCUCCAAGGCGGCCGAUGAAGAGGAGGAACCGCCGCACAUGGUGUCGCCACCGGAGCUGGACCGGCACAAGCACCGCAUCAUCGUGUCGGACGUGGUGUUCAAGAGCCGGUGGAGCGAGCUCAACUCCGCCGACCUCAUGGCGCUCGACACCGAGAUGCUCCGCUCCAUGUCCAGCGGCCGCUUCUUCCAGUCGCCGGAGGCGGAGUACAACGACGAAGCCAAGCUAUCAGCAGCAGCAGAGGAGGAGGUGGAUCAUGUCGUGCUGAGCAUCAGAGAGGAGACAGAGAAGAAGCUGCUGCUGUUGGGGAGCAAGCAAGGCACUACUGCUAGUAGUGGUGGUGUCAGCAGAGGCGUCGGGUGCAGCAGCUCGGCGGCAGUUGACGCCAGGUCAGCGUAUGCGGCGGCGAGGAUGAUUUCCUCCGGUGUGCGGUCCAUGUCGGAGAUCGUGAGCGUGCCGAGGAGGAGGGAGAGGCUGGUGGAGGAGGGCGAUCGGCGGUGGCUGCCGAUCGCACGGCGGACGGCGCGGUGGUUCGCCGGCCGCGCCAAUGGGGAGGGCGUGGCGGCGCAUGUCUGAAUAGAAUACAAUUGAUGGAUAAAAAGGUGUAAACAAACAAACAAAUAGUCAAAAUCAAUCGGGAAGGAAAGUCAAAAAUGAAUUCGAAUUAUGAAAGGGAACGGGUCAGUUUACAUGCACAUGUACCGCCCCCAGUAGUUACUACUGUAGUACAGUAUUAUUCAGAGAAGAAGAAAUCUGGGAUCUAGAGUGUUGUUCUCUAAA